AUGAGCAAGCAAAAAGGUCUGAAAUUGAUGUGGCGAUACACAAAAGGUUAGUUCUUCUAUUUUUAUGUUAAAUUGAGUCAACGUAUCCAGGAGCAGCGGCAUUUUACUGCGUAGCACAUUGCAUCAGUCGGUAUGUCGGUGAGCUGGUGAUUUGCAGCGGUCCUUCGAUGUAUCCUACUAUUCACGAUGGAGAUUUAGUACUUGCCGAGAGAUUCAGUGAGUUUUCCUUCCGAAACAUACUAAAAUUGCAAAAAAUUCAUACAUUUUUCCUCUGAAAGUUUCAGGUAUCGCUCAAAAAAACGUACAAGUCGGAGACAUUGUCGGAUGUCUGAAUCCGCAGAAGCCACAGGAGUUGCUCUGUAAACGGAUAAGAGCAAAAGUAAGUCAAUAAUCACAAACUUCAUUUGAAAAUCAAAUAAUUUCCUAGGAGGGAGAGCCUGUAACCUGCGAACUUCUACCUUCCGGACGGGUUCCUGUUGGUCAUGUCUUUCUUCAAGGCGACAAUAACGCCGUUUCCACGGAUUCUCGUCAUUUCGGCCCCGUUCCAGAGGGCCUCGUCCAAAUCCGUCUCUCCCUUCGAAUAUGGCCACCUGAAAGAGCCGGAUGGAUCUCCGAUCACUGGUUCUGGGACCGAAAGGAUGAAAACGAAGUGAAAUAG